UCUAAUUCCAAAUAUUCUCUAGAUUUUUAAGUAGAUAGUGGCAUGCUUCAACUGAAUAAAAACAAGAAAUGCUUCUUAUCUAGUUGCUUUAUUGGAUAGUAGUUGUUUCAAUAAUGUUGUCCAAUAUGCAGGGCAUCCCAGGAAAUAUACUAGGAUGCCUCUAAUUCAUUCACCUUCUAUGAAAAACUCGAACAAAAACAUUCUUCACUCUCUGUCCCAUCUACUUCUCUUCAAUCCUUUUGUUUUGAACAUUUCAUACUUACUUUCAUUAUUGAUUUGAUGCAUAGAUAGCCACUAAAUAUGGUAGCCACAAACAUAGAUGAGUUGGGGGCAGGAACAGUUUCAAGUUAUGACAGGGAAAGUGAACUCAAAGCAUUUGAUGAUUCAAAGGCUGGUGUCCAAGGACUUGUAGAAAAUGAUGUAACAAAAGUUCCUCGUAUGUUCUAUUGUGAACACUCUAAUCUCACUGAUGGCUUAACCAGUGCAUCAAAUUCAAACAUCAGCAUCCCCAUAAUUGACCUUACAGGCAUCCAUGAUGACCCUAUUUUGAGAGAUAAUGUUGUGGAAAAAGUUAGAUAUGCAUGUGAAAAGUGGGGCUUUUUUCAGGUUAUAAAUCAUGGAAUUCCAAAUCAUGUUUUGGAUGAGAUGAUCAAAGGAACUUGUGAGUUUCACCAACAAGAUGCAAAGGUGAGGGAAGAGUACUACACUAGGGAUGCCACCAGAAAAGUUGCUUAUCUUUCCAAUUAUACACUUUAUGAAGAUCCAUCUGCUGAUUGGAGAGAUACACUUGCAUUUUCCUUGGCACCUCAUCCACCCAAAGCUGAAGAAUUUCCUGCAGUUUGUAGAGAUAUUGUGAUUGAAUACUCAAAGAAAAUAAUGGUUCUUGCUUAUGCUUUGUUUGAGUUACUUUCAGAGGCUCUUGGCCUUAAUCGCCUUUACCUUAAAGAAACGGGUUGUGAUGAAGGGAUACUUCUUCUAUGUCACUAUUACCCAGCAUGUCCUGAGCCUGAAUUAACUAUGGGAAAUAGCAAGCACUAUUACAUUGGAACUUCCGCACUAUUACAAGAUUACAUGUCACAUCGUUAUGCAAGUGGCAGUGGAACUUCCGCACUAUUACACUUCAAGUUGUUAUGAUCAUUGACAAUUGCAUGCAAAAUCUUGACCCUUAGUAGACCUGGUUUAUGUAAAUACUUCCAAUUCACAACGUUCUGGUUCUGCAAUCAGAAAUAAGUAACUGGAACCAUGGCAAAUAAAGCUGACCAUCAACUUUAACCUUAUGCUUUUUAAUUAUAUUGUUGAAGAUCUCACAUCAACUAGUAAUAUGAAUAUUGAGCCUGAUUGAACAAAAAUUUAGAAGUGUUUUUGAGAAUUUUUCUACUAAAAAUAUUCUUUAUUUUUAGUAGAGAAACUCUAAAAAAACGUUUUUAACUUGUAUCCAAACCGAUUCA